UGUCGAAGAUUAUUUGCAUACACUUACACACACGCAAAUGCAUAAAUACGCCCACUAAGGCGUACAUCUACGCACAUAUACUGACACAUACGCACGUAAAAAUACACACACGCAAUACUCAAACGCAUAUUUUCCAAUCUUUUGCAGCUAAUUCGAAAACUGCCAUUGACCCUAUACAAUUAGACCAUUCUGAGAGAUCGAGGCUUCUUUUUACUUGCUAUUAUUGUUAUAGUAGUUUUUGUUCAGCCUCAAGUCGUUCUUGAUUCGGGUUACCGAAGUUAUUCCAGCCUUGGACAUAUCAUUUUUUCCUCUGUCACCACCGCCACCGACACUAAAAACACUAUCUAUAUUCCCAAGAAAAUUACUGAUGUAAGUCUUUAUUAAGGGAGAAUAUAAAACGAUCCAAGAUGGGCAUGUCGCUUCGAAAAAAAUAUCUUAUUAUGGGUAUUAUCACAAUCUUCUUGUUUGCGGGGAUACUUUUGAUAGACAAACACUUAAAAGAGCGCCUAUUACACAGACAGAGAAUCCUGGUUAAUCAGUUGCGAGAAACCAAGUUUUUAUUAGUCCUUAUCACAACGUGGAACUUAUCACCAGAAAAACUUGCAAUUUAUGAAAAUACAGCCCGAAUAUGGGGAAGUUGGCCAUUAUUAUUGCAACCUGUAUUAUUUAGACCAGCAAUACCCACGGAUAAUGUAAGUAGCAGCCGGCUGGAUACGUAUUUAAGAAAAAAUUGGAGGAUACGGAAUGUUACAAAAGUUGCCUGCGGUCAAAUACCAGUUUUAAAAGCGAUGAUUCUUGAAGUACUUGCGUCUUUUACUGAUCACGACUUCUAUGGCUAUGCAAAUGCUGACAUUCUUUUCGAUGAGAGUCUUAUCAAUACGCUGAAAUCUAUUAAGAAAAAGUUACCACAAAAUAGACCUAUACUAAUAGUUGGUCAAAGGACAAACGUUAAAUUUACAAAUAGUACAUACAUUGUGAAUUCUUAUAAUAUUCGAAAGAUAGCUGAAAGCGGAAUAUUAAUGAGAGGCAUAGCAAUAGAUUAUUUUAUUACAAAUCGACACUUUCCCUGGAAUCAAAUCUUUGAUUUCGUCAUUGGACGUAGUAGAUAUGAUAAUUGGUUGAUCGCUUUUGCAAAUUCUCAAAAUAUGACACUUAUUGAUGCUACAGAAUCUCUGACUGCUGUUCAUCAAACGACAUCGGACGGUAAUUAUGCAGGAUGGAGGCAUCCCAAUAAAUACUGUAAUGUUGCAAUCAUCAAAGCUAAUCCCCCAAAAUUCAAAAUGACUUGGGGUUCCACAGUUUGUGCCCCUUAUUAUACUAAAAGAAAUCGAGAAUCAAAUGAGAUAGAUAUUCUAUACAGAAGAACCUCUCCAUCAUGCAAACCUUAAAUAUAUUAGUGCACCAGAACAUUAAUCAUUGUAUUAUGAGUUAUUCCUCCUGAAACAAAAGAUAUUUAUUUAAAACUGGAUUCGUAAGUGUCAGUUUUAUGAAGGUAUGUAUAUAUAUACGUGUGUUGUGUGUGCGUAUCGUAAUAAAGAUUAAAAAAAAGGAUAA